AACUUGGCAAACUGUAACUGAAAUUAAACACAGCGAUAUAGCGAAGUUGGGCGGAAUAAAAGUUAUUUGAUAUGUUUGUUUAGUGAUUAAAAUUAAGGUUAAUUUUAGAGUUUCCUGUGCUAUGUAUAUUGAAUAUAUUAAAUUCAUAUAAUUAAUAUUUAACAAUGCCAAGUUCAUUGUUGUUUGGUAUUAACAAUGAGGGAAGAGUUUAUACUCUCUCCACAACUGGUGGCAUGUGGAGGGAAUUACCAUAUGUUGGGCAAGAAUUUAAAAAGUUGUCAGGUAUUCCACAUUUCUUAUGGGCUUUAGGUGGAGACCAUCAGGUAUAUGUAUAUGUACAUGGAUUGGAUAUUCCAAUAAGAGUGAGAGAGGAGUGCUAUGAAAAUGAGAGGUGGAUACCUAUUGAGGGUUUCUCUACACGAUUAUUGCCAACUGAUAGAUUUAAGUUCAGUUCAGCAGAUGGAACUGUUGAUAGAACGAUUCAGAAUAUAAGAUUGCCUUCAAUGGCUUGGCAAUGGGAAGGGGAUUGGCAAUUAGAUUUAACCCUUAAUGGACAGCCAUUAGAUCAUGAUGGUUGGACUUAUGCUGUAGACUUUCCUGCUCAGUAUUAUCCUAAGAAACAAUGGAAGAGUUGUGUCAGACGUAGAUUAUGGGUCAGGUCAAGAAGGUACAGUGCCAUGAAUUCUUGGUGUGCAAUUGCACCAUUGCAUAAAGAUGCAACUGCUGAACCAUUCAUUGACAUAUGUAUAGGUGGACAAAGUAUAACAGGUGCUGAGCCAGGAAUAAUGCUAGUAUGGGCAGUUACUUCACAUAAUCGGGUGAUGUUUAGGACUGGAGUUUCAACUAGAUCUCCAGAAGGUGCAAAAUGGACAUUGGUUUCAGUACCUGUGGGCUGUGAAAUUAAUCAAUUAUCUAUUGGAUCUAGUGGUUUAGUUUGGGCUUCAUUGUUGGAUGGUAGAGCACUUGUUCGAAUUGGAGUAACACGCGAUAAUUUUUCUGGUGAUUCCUGGGUUGAAGUUCGUGGUCCUGGUCCAAAUUUAAGAAUUAUGCAAAUAAGCAUAGGUAUGUCUAGUGUCUGGGCAGUGACUCAGAAUAAGCAAGUAUGGUUUAGAAAAGGAAUAAAAGGUGAAGGAUCAGGAACUAGUGAAGAGUUAGCAGCUGGAUGUGGAUGGGUUGAGAUGGUAGGACGAAUGUCUUUAGUUUCAGUUACGGCCAACGACCAAGUAUUUGCAAUUGGCGCAGAUGAUAGGGCUGUUUACUAUAGGAUGGGUGUAUCUUUUGGUGACCAAACAGGAAAGAGGUGGAGGUCAUUACAUGCUCCUUUACAAGUGAGCAGGGCUAGUAGUAAUGCAAGUCUUAGUAGGGAUCGUUUCCAAAAUCAAAGCAAUUCAUCUUUGAAUCGACCACACAGUUUGUGUGAAUCAUCUGGUAUUGGCGAUUGGGAAGAGCAAAGUCAUUCCGCUCCAAGUGCACCGACGUCCUUACCAGUUGGAGAAUUAGCUGGCAAACAUUUUGAAACUCAACUGAAAAAUCCUAAGGCUUGGAGCCCUGUCAGAUCCGUUGGAUCUGUAGUAGGAACUGAAGUUAUAUCAGACGAGAGUGUUUACAAUUCCGAACGACAAGAUUCAUGUAUUUUUGCCGAAGAUGAAGAAUUAGGAUGGGCUGAAUACGAGGCCCCUUGGUCAUGGGUAGAGGCUGGUCCAUGCACAAUAGACCCAAACCAAUUACCAAAUUGGUUUGCUGAAGUACCUACGCUUCAACAGACUGAGUUGGAUCAACCUUGGAGGUUGAAGAUUCUCGAAGACCUUAAAUCACGUUUAUCAAAUGACAAUAAAUAUUCGGAUUAUCAGGUUGCUAUAGAUACAUCGUCUUGGGUACAUUCAGGCGAAGGUAGAAUUUGCAUGGAUUCCACCAAUGUUUUUAUUGACUGUGUCCUGCAGCUUGAAUGGGUGCAUACUGCAGGUACCUUAACUGUCUUGCAUCCUGAUGGUGCUUCAACUAUGCAUCAAUUUAGUAUGAACGAAGUGACGUGCGUGCAAUGUUGCAGUGAUCCUGGUAGUCCUCGUUUGUCGAUCCAUACUCCAAACAUAACUCCGCCUGUCAUACGUUUGCAAUUUUCCAGCGAUACAAUGUUGGAAGAAUGGCAGCGCCAUCUUUCAACUAUUUCAAUGCAAAUACACAAUUGCAAUGGCAAAGCCAAUGAUAGUAGCGUGUGGGCGGUCACUAAAUUAGGGGAGGUAUACGUAUGGGACGGUUUGCAACAAAAGGCAAACAAAAUUGAUGACAAUAAUUACGAGCAAAUUAUCGAUUUAGCUGGAAAGGAAGUUCCAUUCACCAUGCAUCUACAUGCAAGUUGUGUCCCAGGAACUAUAAUUACAAUAAACGGCUGCGUUUCUGACGAUGUUGAUAGGUUUGCAAUUAAUUUAGACGCACAUAAUACUUACAAGUUGAAACACAAGGCUCACGCUGAAUAUGAGAAUUGUGUGUUGCAUAUAAAUCCUAGAUUCAAUGAUAAUUUGAUCGUUAGGAACAGUAUGAUUGAAGGAAAAUGGGGCGAAGAAGAGAGAAACGGAAAUAAUAUGUUCAGAAGGGGACAAGAGUUCAGUCUGAAGAUACUCUGUAAAGAAGAUGAUUUCAUUAUUUAUAUAGAUGACGAGCAAUAUUGUACAUACAGGCACCGAUUGCCGCCCGCUGCUGCUACAAUGUUGAGUGUACGAGGUGGCUUAAAAUUAUUCAAGUUAAAAAUGAAUACGCCCUCUUUAAUCUUAAAUCCACUUGAAUUAUACUGGCGUCCAUUCGGUGGCCAUUUGAGGAGGGUUGAAACUUGUAAGCUUGGUGUCACCUGGGGCAUCGGUUACGAUCACACUGCAUGGGUGUAUAACUGCGGCUGGGGUGGCGCAUGUUUUGUUGGGCUUGAUAGUAAUAAUGUUAAUCCGAUGGCAGAUUCUCAAGAUUAUAGAGUAUAUGAGAAUCAGAGAUGGAAUCCUGUCACUGGAUAUACUUCAGCUGGUUUACCAACUGAUAGGUAUAUGUGGAGCGAUGCCACUGGUAAGCAAAAACGUACUAGAGAUCAAGUGAAACUGCUGUCAAUGCGAUGGCAAUGGGUUUCUGAUUGGCUAGUAGAUUUCCAUGUCCCCGGGGGCGUGGAUAGAGAUGGGUGGCAGUAUGCUGUUGACUUCCCUUCAACAUACCACGCAAAUAAACAAUUUACUGAUUGUGUAAGGCGACGACGAUGGUACAGGAGGUGUGCUGUGGCUACAACAGGCCCUUGGCAAGAAUUGGGUCAUACCAAAGUUAUUGACGUGUCCUUAGCUUCUGUAAACGAUGUUAGUAUAUCUGUAUGGGGUUUAGCGACUGGUGGACAAGCUAUGAUUCGUACUGGAGUAUCCACGAGUACUCCGGCUGGUGUCAAAUGGGAACAUGUGGCUUCCGAUCAAGCUUACAGCAGUAUAUGUUGCGGUUCUUUCAAGCAGGUUUGGGCUACUGGCAGAAAUGGAUGUGCUUACAAGCGUUUAGGAAUUCGAGAAGAUAAUCUUGAAGGUCAAAGUUGGCUUUGCAUUGAACCCCCGCAAGGUGCUCAGUUGAAGCACAUUUCGGUUGGUGCUGCAGGCAUUUGGGCACUCGAUAUCCAUGGGAAUAUAUAUGUACGAGUUGAAAAUAUUAAAUCUGAGAAAUGGCGUAGCGUUAACAUCGAUCCAGCAGCUUUAACUGGAGGUUUACACGCUACUGGCUUUAAACAUUUAGCAGCUGGGUAUAAAGAAGUAUGGGCUGUUACAAAUGGAGGCCUAAUGCUGAGACGACAAGGUAUUUGCCAAGAAAAUCCAACUGGAACCGGAUGGGAUUUGGGAAUACCGGGAAAUUGGCAGCAUAUAAGCAUCAAAGCUUUUGAAUAAUUUUAAAAAUUCGUGUGUAAUUUUUCGUUUUGUGAUUAUAACUUAAGCAACAAGCUUAAUAUUAUUUAUUCAAUUGGAUCUAGUCUACCAUUUAUGGCUGUAAUAUUAUUUUUCCAAAGUAUAUAUGAAA